AUGCCUCAUAUCGCCAACACGCCGGAAUCUAUCGUAUCGCGCUCGGAUUCCCGCAAUCCAGCAACAACAUGCACAGGCGUCACGGCUAAUGGCCUACCAUGCCGCCGGGCUCUGCCAUCUCCCGACUCAUCGCCCGCAGCAACGCCUCCCAGACGAGGCGGACGACAAAAUGCGGACCCGGCUUCAUUUUAUUGCUGGCAGCAUAAAGACCAAGCUCCAUCGGUUCCUUUACGAACCAGCUGGAGAGCUGAAGCGGUGCACCCACAACCAAGAACAAGCAUCGACACGUUGAUGGACCGUCUCGGAGUACUCGAGAUAAACGACGUUCAGGAUCCUGAGAAACGCAAGCACCCAAACCGACCAGCACAGUCGCCUCCAAAGAGGAAAGCCAAGCGAACGAUAUUCUGCUGCUUCGAAACUAUAGACGAGGAUGAGCCGGUCCCACCAAAACCAAAUCACAGCCACAGGCCUGCACAUCCCCAGCCCGUGCCCCAAGUCUCCAGUCCGAUCUCCGGACGGCCACAACCACCCCCACGAGCCACACCUGCACCAGGUCCCAGUUCAACCUUUUCUCAAACAAAAUCCCUCCUCUCAUGGAUCCCCUCAGCUCUCCCCCCACAGACCACCUCGCGCCUUCUCACGGAGCUCGCCAAACCAAUCUCCUCCGCCGACGAACCAGGCUACAUCUACAUAUUCUGGGUCACGCCGUCCACAUCGGCUACAUCUAAGCCUCCGUCGCGGGAAAUCGCGUCAUCGCUAAUUCCUGUCGCAAGCGCAGGCGCAGACGCAGAAACACCUGAACAAACCCGUCGAGUGACUGACGCUAUCCGCACAGCCAGGGAACUCAAUACGCGCUCUUCAAACCCAAGGAGUGGUAGUAGUCCCGGCACGGUGCGACUCAAGAUUGGCCGCGCAAGUAACGUGCAACGCCGGCUAAAUGAAUGGACCAGGCAGUGCUCGAACCAUCUUACCCUGAUCCGGUACUAUCCGUAUGCUCCUUCAUCUGCAUCUCCUUCUGCGCACCAGUCACCAAGCGGAAAGGGAAAGAAGGGCAGCGGCAGUGGUGGUGGUGGUGGUGACGAGAUUGUCCUUGAACCAGGGAGGAAAGUCCCGCACGUCCAUCGCGUAGAGCGGUUGAUCCAUAUCGAGCUAGGGGAUAUGCGCUUGCGAGAUCUCGGACAAUGUCAAGAAUGCGGCAAAGAGCACCGGGAGUGGUUCGAGGUUGCUGCGGAGAGGGCGGCGCUGAAGCGGGUAGACGAGUGUAUUCGGCGAUGGGUGAAGUGGGCAGAAAGCCAGAAAUAG